AGUAACGAACGAACGUCGCAAAAAUGCGCGCUUUUACAAUAAUCACACUUCUGUAUCUGUUCAGUGCAUACUAUUGUCAAAGCCAUGACCUGGCACUAGGUCAGGCGACGUAUGGAGAUGUAGUGAUAUAUAAAGUCAACGAAUACAAGUAUGGAUUCCCUAUGAUCGUGAGAAAGAGCACGCUAGAAUACCCUGAGCCAGGACAAACAAAUUUCGCUUACAUAAAAGCUAUAUACAUAAAGGACAAUGACAAAGACGGAAGCGGAGGUUAUCCCACUAUAGCUGCUGGUGGGGUUGGCCAGAGAUUCGUGAAAAUGAAACUGAAAAGUCAGCGGGGCAACGGUUUCAACUUCACUAUCACCAUUUACGGCAGAUAUUGACCUAUUGCAAAGUUAUGAGUACCUGGUACUUAAGUUGGUUUCGUUAAGAGAUCGAUUACGCCCGCCAUGAGAUUUUUUUUCUGAUCUUUGCUGAUUGUUUUGUAUAUAGUUUUUUAAUUAUAAUUAAAUGAUCACAUACCUAGAAUCUUGUUAAAUAUAUCUUCUAGUCUUGUUUUCUUUCU